AAAUACAAAAAAAUACGAAGAGACUCGUCCGUAUAAAUAAUAGAACAAACGAGAAUUGUGGAUCACUCGCAGUUCUACAGCGAAAGUGUUGCUUAGACUUUAGUUUCUUAUUAACGAGGAGUAAACAAAUAAAAACUAAUUCAACAUGUGUGACGAUGAUGUUGCUGCUUUAGUCGUUGACAACGGUUCUGGUAUGUGCAAGGCUGGUUUCGCUGGUGAUGAUGCACCACGUGCCGUCUUCCCAUCCAUUGUCGGUCGCCCAAGACAUCAAGGUGUCAUGGUCGGUAUGGGUCAAAAAGAUUCAUAUGUUGGUGAUGAAGCUCAAUCCAAAAGAGGUAUCCUCACCUUAAAAUACCCAAUUGAACACGGUAUCAUCACCAAUUGGGAUGAUAUGGAAAAAAUCUGGCAUCACACUUUCUACAAUGAAUUGCGUGUCGCCCCAGAAGAACACCCAGUUCUUUUGACAGAGGCCCCAUUGAAUCCAAAAGCUAACCGUGAAAAGAUGACACAAAUUAUGUUUGAAACAUUCAACGCCCCAGCUAUGUAUGUUGCCAUCCAAGCUGUACUCUCAUUGUAUGCUUCUGGUCGUACAACUGGUAUUGUAUUGGACUCUGGUGAUGGUGUAUCACACACAGUACCAAUCUAUGAAGGUUAUGCUUUGCCACAUGCCAUCCUCCGUUUGGACUUGGCUGGUCGCGAUUUGACCGAUUACUUAAUGAAGAUCUUGACUGAACGUGGUUAUUCAUUCACAACCACAGCUGAACGUGAAAUUGUCCGUGAUAUUAAAGAAAAAUUGUGCUAUGUUGCAUUGGACUUCGAACAAGAAAUGGCCACCGCCGCCGCUUCCACAUCAUUGGAAAAAUCAUAUGAAUUGCCUGAUGGUCAAGUUAUCACCAUUGGUAAUGAACGUUUCCGUUGCCCAGAAUCAUUAUUCCAACCUUCAUUCUUGGGUAUGGAAUCCUGUGGUAUUCAUGAAACCGUAUACAAUUCAAUCAUGAAGUGCGAUGUCGAUAUCCGUAAGGACUUGUAUGCUAACAUUGUCAUGUCUGGUGGCACCACAAUGUACCCAGGUAUUGCUGAUCGUAUGCAAAAGGAAAUCACUGCUUUGGCUCCAUCAACCAUCAAAAUCAAAAUCAUUGCCCCACCAGAACGUAAAUACUCCGUAUGGAUCGGUGGUUCCAUCUUGGCUUCAUUGUCCACUUUCCAACAAAUGUGGAUCUCCAAACAAGAAUACGACGAAUCCGGCCCAGGCAUUGUCCACCGCAAAUGCUUCUAAGCAUUUACUGCCUAACCUUCUUAUAUUUUUCUAUUUUAAUUUUUAUUUAAAAAUUUUAAUUAUAACAAUUUAUUAUAAAAUUAUAUAAAAAAAAUAAUUAUGAGAUUAAAAAAGAUGAAUUUUUAAGAUACAUAAA